UCAUAGCAUAUACAUAAAAAGGUUCUUUACAGAGAAGAGAUCCAACUUGACUUUAGUCUGGACAACGUAUCGAACAGUCAACCGUGGAUCAGAGCUGAAUCUUCUUCUUUUGGUCAAAGGGGUACAGCAUGUCCGAAAUGCUUGACAACAUCUUCACGAAGAACUUUAGGAACCUGGCCCUGGAUAGGAACCUGGACCUGGAUGCCUUGGUCCCGAAACAGUCUCUACUCAAAGGCCCGGGGCAGAGUCGACUGAACCGGUCAGCCUCCGUCUUCUCUCCCCCCUCCCCCCUUGCCUCCUCGAGCCACAGCUUGAGCACCGAGCAUGUUAACAAUAACGACAACGGCAGCCCUUUCUGGUCAUCUAACAUCUGGAGCCAGGGCCCUGUCUCCAAACCGAAACCGCUCUCCUUCAGGCCCGACCGCUCCAUGAGCCUGACUGAGUCCAGCAGCAGCAGCCUGCUUUCCUCGUUUGGACAGCUCAAGAACCUGGAGGCUUUCCCCUCUGCUACUACUGUGGCUCCACCGCCUGGCUUCCCUCCCUCAUCUUCCCUCCAAGCCCAGGUUCCACAAAUGGUGGCCCCUAAUCGUUACAAGACUGAGCUGUGCCGUGGCUUCCAAGAGACAGGCAGCUGCAAGUAUGGCAGUAAGUGCCAGUUUGCUCAUGGCGAGGCAGAGCUGCGUGGACUGUUCCGCCACCCCAAGUACAAGACCGAGCCCUGCAGAACCUUCUACAACUUUGGCUACUGCCCCUAUGGCUCACGCUGCCACUUUAUCCAUGAGGACAGAAUUAGCGGAGCGCCGUUAUCAUCGGCCAAAUUCCAGAAUCAGCAGCAACCGACUCCCAGUGGUCAGAAUCCACGCCACCAGCUGCGCCAGUGUGUCAGCUUCGCCGGGUUCCUGGGGUCUUCACGCAGCUCACCUCCUCCAUCAUUCCCUUCAUCCUUCAAUGAUCCUAACUUGGGCUUCAGCCGUGCUCCCUCUGUUUCCCCACCUCCCGCUGAUCUCCUCUCCCCAGUGUUUGGCGACUCCCUGCAGCGGGAGGCAGCAGCAUUCCAGUUUGGCAACCAUCAGACCCGUGCCAGCACCGGAGACAUCCACAACAUUCCUCUUAUCCUGGAGCCAAAGUCACGCUGUGUGUGUGGCCAUGGAAAUAACUUUAACAUCAGCAGAGUCUCUGCCAGCGUGGAGGACGGGCACCAGCAGGACAGCAGCAUGCUGUUUCCUAGUCCUGGAGGCCACGGAGGAUUCAUGAAGCCUGCUGGACUCCAGCGUUUCUCCUCUGAGGACUCCCUGGAGGACAGCUACAGCAGCAGCAGCGGAGGUUCCAGUGGAACCGAGUCUCCAACAUUCGAUGCAGCCACCAAGAGGCUCACUGUGUUUGAACGCCUGUCCCUGUCUGACUAAACAGAUCCAAAGAGAAGGAACAGAAAAGAACUUACACCUUGUUAAUUGUGUCUGUUUUGACACUUAAAGUUCUUAAUUUAAGUUUGUAAAAUGAAUCACGUCUUGGAGAAACUACACAUAUUAAGAUUAUUUCAGUAGCCAAAUGUUAUCAGACUCUAUUUUUAUACUUAAUGUAGCCUAUUGAUCAAAAUGGCUUUAGUGAUAUCUACUAGUGAAUCAUGAUCUCCUGUGCCUUGAAGAUUCUCCCUGCAACAUGGCUAUUUACUCUCAGUGCCACAAACAGUGCGUUUGAUUCAGUAGCCUUAAUCAGUGAGACCUGACAUGUGUCAUUGAUGCCAUUUCAUCUGUAAUAUGCACUUUACAGCUAAUCGAAAUUGGGGAAACUAUCAAGUCUCCCAGUAGCAUUUAACCAAAGCUUCAUACUUCACUCUGCUCUCUGUGUGUGUGUGUGUGUGUGUGUGUGUGUGUGUGUGUGUAUGUGUGCCUGUAAAUGUGCGUGCGUGGGUGUAAGUAUGUGUGCAACCAUGUAAUUUUCUUGAGACCUGGGGUGCAAGUAUGUAUAAGUUGCAGAAUGCUGGAAGAUCAAAAAUGUGCUACCAGAAAAUGUAUGUCAGUGAGUUAGGAUAUAAAUAUAUGUAUCUUGACCUGUAAAUUGCACCCCCUCUUUUAUUGUCCCAUUUGUUUGACAACCUAGUUCAGGGACUUUAACACCGCAGUAUUCCUUUUGGUUAUUGGUUGCCUUGUGUUGUUUAACUUAAACUUAUAUAUUUAUUAUGAUAUUUAUUUGUGUUUAAAGAAAAAAAAAUGUAUUUUGUACUAUUUAUGGAGAAAUAUUCAACCUCUGUGAAAUACCAAUGUGAGAAAAAGCAGUAAAAAAACAGAGAAUCUUAUAUUUUUAAUUGCCUGAAAGGGACAAAAUAAAAUUCUAAAAAAAGAAA